CUGGAGAAAUUAGAAUCUCGAUAGAACGGCAGAUGUUGUCUUGCCAUGAGUAUUUAAGCAUCGGUGAGUCCAGUACGUGUUGACAGUCAUAGUGCGGAAAGAUCACGUUACGGAUACAGAGAUCGAAUAUUUUCGUGUUAUUGCAAAAUGCUGAACUACUUUAUCAUCUCUAGCGUAUUAUUGGCUUAUGCCUCGGCAACACCAGUUUCAACGUUCCUGACUCCGGCUGGUGAAAUCAUCUACGCCACAAGCUUUCCCAAUUAUGUCGCACCUGAGCAACAAACACCUUUACAAUUAACCUAUCCAUCAUACCUGGCAUCUGAAAGAGUAUCUGGAGGAUCCCCUGGCAUCAGCAGGAUAACGGAAUACGAUGCUGCCCCACUGGUUCCAGUGGCAGCGGCCGCACCAGCAAGAUACUACGCCACGCUGUUGUCGUCAUCCUACUAUUGAAGAGAUCCUAACUUGAAACACAGGGCAAACAGAAGCGUGAAAUGAAAGUGCAAUUACUCAUUGUUGGUGCCCUCAGCACAGACAAACAAGUGUAUCAAAAUUAACAUCUAUCAUUCGGUGCGAUAUAUGUGCACCAGAUUCAGUUUUCACCACAUACCUACUAAACAAAUGGUCUUGACGAUAAAUUUCAACCUCUAUAGCUCAAGGAACGUUUCGUCACGGAAAUGUCUUUUAGCUGUGCUAUCUUUUACAGCCAGUGUUAGAUGCCUUCUCCGCAUACAUUUCCUUCAACUCCUCACCAUAGCAUUGAAAAGCAGUUGAACUGCGACAAUGUAUCCGACCUGGCUGACCGAAUGAUGAAUGAAGCAAAGAAUGCGACUCUCAGGACAAACAAAUAAGUUCCAGCAUGAAUGAAAGAAGAAUAAAAAAGUUGUAAUUUAUAGAGCGAUGAAUAAAAUGUGUAAUGAAAAAUA